GGCAUUUUUGUGUAACGAUGAAAUACCGGACUAGAAAGGAAAAUGUCGAGUUGAGUUGUCAAAAAGUUGGCAUUUUUUUCCAUCUGUUAUUGGUGUAGCGAGCUAUUUUCAAUAGUUAUCGACGAUUAAUUUAUAACUACGAAUACAAACGUGGGAGUACGAGUGGCGUCUAGUUAUGUGAUGACAUAAUUGUGUAAUAAGAAGAGUUGUUAUUCCCGCGAUCUGAACUGGACAUGGACAACGACGCGGAGUCCCCCGCAGCGGCGGCACCGCUUCCGGAGAUGGAGGGCUACAAAGAGAGCGAAACAGACUACUCCAGCAUCAGAGGAAAGAUGGUGCUGGUGAGUCCAUCGGCAGACGAGUAUGACCUGCUGCGGAAGCAGCUCAUGGAAAGGCUGGAGGCAGGCAACGGAGAAAUCAUAUAUGACAUAGGACAAGGAGAGGACGGACGGGGCCUCACAGAGGACGAGUACAGCGCAUCAGUGGCCACACUACAGUCGCUAGUGAGCGGCUCCCGAGUGUCCUGCGUGGAGCUGCGACGCUGGGACUGCGGCGGCGGCGACGAGCGCGGCCUGCUCACCGGCCAGUACCUGCUGCGGGCCGAGCGCGACCAUACCGACUUCAUGGAGAUUAGAGUGGCAGUAGUAGGCAACGUAGACGCCGGCAAAUCCACACUCCUGGGCGUACUGACACACGGCGAACUCGACAACGGGAGGGGAUACGCGCGACAACGGCUGUUUAGACACAAACAUGAAGUGGAGAGCGGACGGACCAGCUCUGUUGGCAACGAUAUUCUUGGAUUUGAUAGCAUGGGCAACGUUGUGAACAAACCUGACCACGGAACGCUAGACUGGGUCAAGAUCUGUGAGAAGUCUUCCAAGGUCAUCACGUUCAUCGACCUCGCGGGCCACGAGCGCUACCUCAAGACCACAGUGUUCGGCAUGACGGGCCACGCACCAGAUUUCGGCAUGCUUAUGAUAGGGGCGAACGCAGGAAUAGUGGGCAUGACCAAAGAGCACUUAGGGCUGGCGCUGGCGCUCUCCGUGCCCGUGUUCGUGGUGGUCACCAAGAUAGACAUGUGCCCGCCUAACGUUCUACAGGAUAACCUGAAGCUGUUGAUCAGGAUACUGAAGUCGUCCGGCUGCCGCAAGGUGCCCGUGAUGGUGAAGACCAAGGAUGACGUCAUCGUCAGCGCUACCAACUUCGUCUCGCAGAGGCUAUGCCCAAUCUUCCUGGUGUCGAACGUGAGCGGCGAGAACCUGGAGCUGCUGACGAUGUUCCUGAACCUCCUGAAGACGCGCAUGCCGUCCAGCGACGACCAGCCCGCCGAGUUCCAGAUCGACGACACUUAUUCCGUGCCGGGCGUCGGCACCGUAGUGUCCGGCACAACGCUGGCCGGCGUGAUCAGACUGAACGACACGCUGCUGCUGGGGCCCGACCCGCUGGGCCGCUUCACGCCCAUCACCGUCAAGUCCAUCCACCGCAAGCGCAUGCAAGUGUCGGAGGUGCGCGGCGGGCAGACCGCCUCCUUCGCUCUCAAGAAGAUCAAGCGCUCGCAGAUACGCAAGGGCAUGGUGAUGGUAUCCCCCGCGCUGGAGCCACAAGCUUGCUGGCAGUUCGAGGGCGAGAUCCUCGUGCUGCACCACCCCACCACCAUCAGCUCCCGCUACCAGGCCAUGGUGCACUGCGGCUCCAUCCGACAGACCGCCUCCAUCCUCUCUAUGUCGCGCGACUGCCUGAGGACGGGCGACAAGGCGCUGGUGCGGUUCAGGUUCAUCAAGCACCCCGAGUACCUGAAGCGAGGGCAGAGGAUGGUGUUCCGCGAGGGCCGCACGAAGGCCGUGGGCAACGUGCUGCGGCCCGAGCCGGCCAGCGCGGCGCCGCGCCACAAGCCGCCGCCGCGACACAAGCAGCGCGCGCCUCCUACACCGGGCGGUGUUGACGCCAGGGACAACGUCACGGUACAGGAAGCGGACGUGACGACCCCCGACUCGCCCUUCGAGGUACAAGCCGACAAACGCGGCGCCGGCGGGCGGCGCGGCCGCAAGCGCCACGACAAGCCCGAGCCGCCCGCCGUCGCCGCCAACUAAACUGAGGGAGCUCCGACUUCAAUCACAGGCUUCGCGGAUACGGACUUUCUACAACACUGGAAUCUGGGUUUUUAUUUGGGGGUAUCAGAUACAGAGCGAGCCGCAUCGCCAAGAAAUCACCGUGUGGAGCCGCUCGGUCUGUGUAGACAUUGUAUACAUAGAUCGAGUUUCUUGAUCACUUUUUACGAUACAUUUUUCCGAUAGUAGCAGUAGUUUUUAAUGACGUUUCGAGUUAUCUGCGAAAAGUGCGGUCAUCAACCAUAUAACCGGAAAUGUUAUUAAUUCCAUCGUUUGUAUUCUAUCUGUUUGUAAAAAAAAAGUAUAAUUUUGCAGUCCACACAGUGUUCUAGAGUCCCCUCCGAUUUCGCAGUGCUUCAGAAAUUCGCACCUUUGAAGUCACUUCACAUAACUGUCAUGUUAUAUUCAAAUUUUUAUAGAAAAAUAUUUUUCUAAUAGGUUCCUGAUAAAAAUCCGUUGGCGUAACUAUACGAAAAAUUCUAGGGAAUGGUUGUACUAAAAUGUAUUGAAUUUCAUUACAAAAAAAUUUAAGUAUCAGAAUCCGCCUAAAUUUUGUAAUCAAUAUAAUCCGUAUAAAAUUAGAAGCACAGUGUAUAAUCAAAGCUUGCUUACCAAUAGAAAUAUUAGAAAAACAGCUUUCAGGUACAAAUAUUCCCUAGCCUCGGCCAACAUUUUACAACUAUACUAUAGCAUUGCUAGAUACUGUCUCCAGGCACUAUAAUACCAAGAGUACAAGGUACUUAGGAUCUAUUCACUAAGUUAGAUGUAAUAAUAUAAAGACUGGAUCAUCUACACAUAUUUAUGUACUACAAUAGCCCCACAAAAAAAAUGUCAUUU